GCACACUCUCUCUCCAAUCUCGAGCGGGCCGCUCAAAACUCUAUUUCUCUCUCUAGAAUUGUGUUUCUCUCUCUAGGCCGUCCAUGUCGGAGCACCGCUCUGCUCGUUGGGCUGACUGACACCUAUUGCUUGCUGCUUUAGAGAGAGGAAGAAAGUUAGACAGAGAGAGAGAGAAGGCGAAUACAGAAAACUGCGUUUAUGUACGCGCCGACCUUCAUCUCUGCUGCAUCGCGACGAUACACUGCGCUGGCAAGAUUCCCCCCCUUCUGUCCUCUUUCCCCUCUCCUCUGUCUCUCUAAAAUGGCACCGAAUUAAGGGCAACUUUUUUUCACUCCAGUCCCUUCCUGAAACCCUAGGUUUGGCGGUGCUGAUGGUUCCCUCGAAGACAAAAGAAUGGCUCCAGAGAGUUCUCCCUCUACUUUCGAUCCCAUCUCUAUCCACUUUUGGUGAUGGUUUCUAGGGCGUAGAAUUCCAUGGAGCUCUGUGAAGUGUGAUACCAGGUUUUGAUCAUCGGGAUUUUAGGGGUUUUCAGGCUCGCUCUCUCUCCCUGCCAUGGGGUGUUCAAGCUCGAAGGUCGAUGAUUUGCAGGCUGUGGCCCUCUGUAGAGAGAGAACGCAAUUUAUCAAGCAAGCAGUUGAUCACCGCUAUGCCUUGGCUUCAGCCCAUGUGUCUUAUGUUCAAGCUUUAAGUGGCGUAGGGCAAGCUUUGCAACGAUUCUUGGAUGCUGACGCUCAGCUACCGCCUUCUUCUCCUGGUCUCACGCUACCUACUCAGAGAAAAAAUGCCGAACCGGUUGAUUUAACUCUCCCUAAAUCCUCCCCACCUUCUCACUCUCACCAUUUGGACCACUCUCACUCCGGUUCUCACCUCCACAUCGAUUCGGGUUCAGACGCUGAAUCUCUCUCUGAAGAGCUAAGUCAUGGUUCCUCUCCCUCUUAUCCUGAGUACGGUAUUCCUCAGUACAGUAAUUCUGGUGAUGUCUUUCCGUGGAAUUUCCCCUCUCAGACUUUACACUACAUGAGAUCAGGCGGUGGAAACCCAUCUGUUGUUUAUGAAGAGAAGCCUCGAUCCCCUGAAACUGAAACUGUUAGAUGGUCAGAACCCUAUUCUAAUUACGGUAUGAUGGGUUAUGGGUUUCUUGGUUCUCCACCAAUGGGUGCUCCUCCUCCUGUACAUCAAGUCCCUUCUUCUGGUCCUUCGACUUCUCGUAGUCCUGAUCGAGCCCCACCUCCUCCUUCUCCACCGAAGGCCUCAGCUUGGGAUUUCUUUAACCCUUUUGAAUCGUUUGAUACCUUCUAUCCUUCUUAUACACCGAAGAGGUUCAGUGUUCACUCUGACGGUGGCAGUAGAGAUUCAAAAGAAGUGAGAGAAGAAGAGGGAAUUCCAGAUCUAGAGGAUGAAAGCCAGGCAGAGGUUGUUAAGGAAAUUCAUGGAGAUCAAACGUUUGUGUAUGCUAAGAAGGUGCAGAUCCAUCCUAGUGAAUCGGGGCUUGCAGAUGGCGACAGAGAAACUGGAGGAGGAGAGGGUGAGUAUGGCAAGGAAGAUGAUCCAGUGGAGUAUGUAGUGCAUAUGGUUGAUAAGGGUAUUAUAGACGAGGGGGGAGCCCAAGAGAGAGGCAAUGUUGCAAAUGUUUCCGGAGGUCAUGGGGGACCAAGAGAUGUAUCCGAUGAUGUGAGAGAAAUUCAUGGCCAGUUUGAGAGGUCGUCGGAUUCUGCGAAGGAGGUUUCAAAGAUGCUGGAAGCUGGGAAACGGCCAUAUCAUCAAAAGCGCAACGUAUAUAAAGUACUUCCUUCCUUUGGGGCAUCUCCACACCUUUCUGCAUCAAAUCGUGACCAACCCUCAUCCUCAUCUGAAAAUGUCGGCCCCAGUUUCUUGGCAUUUGAUGAAGACAUAGGAAUGUCAUCUGGCAACCUCUCGUCAACAUUGCAAAAGCUGUAUAUUUGGGAGAAGAAGCUUUACGAGGAAGUCAAGUCCGAGGAAAAGAUGAGUAUAAUCCAUGAAAGGAAGCGCCAGCGGCUGAAAAAACUUGAUGAAAGGGGUGCAGAAUCACAUGAAGUUCAUGCUACACGUACUUUAGUCAGAAGUUUGUCCGCGAAAAUAAGGAUAGCGAUGCAGGUGGUUGACUCUAUAUCAAAAAAAAUAAAUAAAAUAAGGGAUGAAGAGUUGCAGCCCCAGAUUACAGAACUGAUUAAAGGGUUGAUUAGAAUGUGGAAAGUCAUGCUGGAAUGCCAUCAGAACCAGUGUAUGGUGAUAGGACAGGCUAAAACUCUUGACCUUAUUGGCAGGAAGCUGAGUAAUUCUAACAUCGAAGCUGCAAUGCAGCUUGAACUAGAGCUUCUGAACUGGUGUUCCAGUUUUAACACUUGGAUAAUAACCCAAAAAGAUUUUGUGGGGGCAUUGAAUAGCUGGCUUAUCAAGUGCCUCCUAUAUGAACCCGAAGAGACGCCUGAUGGACCCAUUCCCUUCUCUCCUGGCAGGCUUGGUGCCCCGCGUGUAUUUAUUGUCUGCCAUGACUGGUGUCAGGCAAUUAGAAGAAUAUCAGAGAAGGAGGUUGUUGAUGCGAUACGGGCCUUUACCCAAAGUGUCCAGGAGCUACGGGAAAGGCAAGGAGCAGAGCAGCAACAAGUUUUGAGGGCUGGGGAUGUUACAAAAGGUAGUGGAAAAGGACCUUUGGAUUACCAAAAGGAGGAGAAGAAAAUACUCAAGGCUCGUGAUACCUUGAACAAAAAGCUAACUCUGGUUUCUGGGGCAACUUUUGACAUGGGCCAAACCAAACAAGGGCUGCUUGUGCAGCCUUCUGCCUCUCUGAGCAGUGCACAGUUGGGUCUGAAACAAAUUUUUGAGGCAAUGGUGACCUUCACUUCGGUCUCUGUGAAGGCAUACGAGGAGCUCCGAAUAGAUGAGAAGGAUAAACAAGCCCAAGAAAAUGGGAAUGUCUCAUAACCAUAGUAGAGUGCUUCAUUGUGCUUCCUUCUGACCAUUUGGUUAGCCAGGCAUUCAGCCACCAGCUCUCAGGUUCCAAAACCGAUGCCAACAGAGUUGUUCUUCGGUUUGGUACAGUUUCCUGGCGUUGACUUUAUGUGAGGUGAGCAACCAUGUUCUAUUUUGAGGAAGAACAGUUUUUGGGCAUUGAAGAUUUGGCGGACUUCAUCAGGGUCCAUAUGUCUAAUUGCUCAUAGUCUGGUUGGCCUCAAGGAACUCUCCAACCUCUACGAGAAGACAAAGGAAGCUCCUGCUUGUGAUCUAUGCACGCUUAAGAUAGGUGGGCAUAAUGGCUACUGCUUUCGCUUGGAUAUAAAUGUAAUGCUUUCACUCGGAUAUAAAAUGGUGGGAUUGAUCAUCAGGAAGAGUGAAGCUGAGUUUUGGCCCCGACUUUCAUCAGGUUCUUGGUUGUGAUAAAGAGAUGGUGGUGUCAUCAUCCAGUACUUCUUAACAUGUGGGGUUUAUCCGGAUGAAGGACAACAUUGAAUGCUGAUGGGGCGAUAUUAUUUCUCCAAGGGAUUCGAUCGGGGAUGGUUGUUAUGGAAUUUUUCCUCUCCACUUCAUUGCCAAUAAAUGACUCCUCACGAUGGGAAACUUGGGGAGUGCGAGACCAAUGUUGGUGACUGAAAUGCGGUGAUGUUUGUUAUCAAGCCCCUGAUAAUAUUUAUGCAGGGCUGUACAGUGCAUGUAUAUUAAGAAUGUGGAAUUUCUAGAUGCAAUGAAAAUCUUGAUUUGUGAAUUA